UUGAGUAGGGUGGAGUCCGCCGGGGAACUGCGAUUUCCUGGUUACGGUGGAGGUGUGUUAUAUGACAGCAGUCGUUAAUCUGUCACAAUGAAUGUGGGCGUUGCUCACAGCGAGGUGAACCCCAACACCCGGGUGAUGAACAGCCGAGGGAUCUGGCUCACCUACUUGCUGUUGACCAUCGUGUUGCAUGUCGUCCUGCUGAGCAUCCCUUUCUUCAGUGUGUCACUAGUGUGGACUCUAACAAAUGUCAUUCACAAUCUGGCAAUGUAUGUGUUCCUGCACACAGUCAAGGGGACUCCAUUUGAGACACCUGACCAGGGCAAAGCACGAUUGCUCACACACUGGGAACAAAUGGACUACGGCAUCCAGUUCACAUCAUCAAGAAAAUUCCUGACCAUUUCACCCAUAGUGCUGUACCUGCUGGCCAGCUUUUACACCAAAUAUGAUGCCACUCACUUCCUGAUCAACACAGGCUCCCUCCUCAGUGUCCUCCUUCCAAAGCUGCCUCAGUUCCAUGGAGUUCGUUUGUUUGGGAUCAAUAAAUACUGACGCAUCGCUCAUCAUUCAUUCAGGAGGCUUGACGAGCUAAAGGAACAGUCUAGCAGAAAGCAGUGGCUUAGUUUAUUCUCUGGUUUGUUGCCUUUACAUUAUCCAAGCUGGAAAAAGCUGUCAACCUAAACUGAACUGCAUUUUUACACUGUGGUAAUGUCUUGAUUUUUUUUUUUGUGCUUUUGUCUGAUUGAUUGAUAUUUUUCCACAAAUUUCAGUGGAUAUAUAUAUAGGUGAACCAAAAUGUUAUGCCUGUAUGACCAACAUGCUGCUAAAACAACUUCACAUUAUAGUGCCUCUGAAGGUGUUGCGUGAUACAUUAGGCACCAGUAGUUCCUUUAACCUUUGACCAAAUAGUCAUCCAUCCAUCCAUUCAUCCAGGACAGGGCACCAUUCCAAAGCUAUAGGGUAUUACAUAAAAACAGUCAUGCACACACUUACAACUAAGAGGAAAGACAACAUCAAGCUCCAUACAGACACUGACCAGUGAUUAAUCCCAUAAACCUGUAUGUAUGCAGUACCUGCAACACCACAUUUGUGAAUUGGUCUUAAUUUGAGCGUGGCAUAGGACCAGAGUUGUAAUUGAAUACAUUUGAAGCUGAACAAAUACAUGGAACCAUAUAUGAAACCUUUAUCUUAGUUGACAGUUGACAAAACAGACAUUGCUCCAAGUUUAAAUACCUUUAGGUUGCUGCUUCAUAGAGUUUGUUUAAGAUAACACAUUGGUCUCUAAGAGUUUCAGCUUUUUAGACAAGGUUAAAAAGCGGUACCCUACAGGACAAGUUCUUCUGGGAUAGAAGUAUGUCAAUUGAUCAUAUCGGUCAGUAAAAGUUGUUGUGAAUUAGCAAAUGAGGUUGAACAUUUAGCAUGCUCAUAAAGUGGCAUCAACUAUUGGUGUGGGAGUGAGGUCUGAUAGUGGGUGCAGAUGGAUGGGGCAUUCUAUUUCUAACGUUUUAGGUGGAGGUAUUUGAAAAUUUUUCAUUCCACAGUUUUACAUGUGUACUGGGAAUACAUUACAGAAGGCAUUACCACCCACAGCAGACAGCGCAGUGUGUGGUAAUGUUCGUGGCCAACUGUGUAUUGCUAGAAUUGUCUGGAUGGCUAGACUUUUUUUCUAUUCACACACAUCAAUUUGAUUUUUUACGUCUGCUGAUUUCUUUCAUAGUCAAUUUGUCAACUGUACAAACUGACUUCACUUACCACUUAGAUCAUAUCGCAAGUCUCAGACCAUAACAUGAGCUACUGUUAUAUAUAUAUAUAUAUAUAUAUAUAUAUAAAAUACAUUAUUAGCUUCACCUUUGAAUGUUCAUAAUGCUUUGGUUCAUCAGUGUAGAGGGUCAGUCAAAGGUCGCAGGAUAUAUGUUUACUUUAGAAACGAAAGGGAUUGAGAUGAAAAAUGAAACAAGUCAAAAGGAAAAUUACAUAUAUGAAUACACUAGAAAGUAAUAAGUGAGGGGGCUGUUGUUUAGCCUAUUUCUGGAACAUCCCUGAAAAGCCACCAUAUUUUGUGUCCUGUGACUUUUUACUCACCCUGUAUAUUCCAGGCUGUUAAUUCACUUCAAAUGCAGGUUAAAUUAAUGAGUCUUAAUAAGUCUCACUGCAGGCAGUGUGCAAUACCCUGAUUCCAAAAUGUUCCAAAACGAUGCCUGGAUCCAGUUUAGUUUGAUUGUGGAGUUCCUUGACUUUUUUUAGUUUCUGAGAUUUUGAACCUUCUUUCAUUAUCAUGUCAGAUAGCAAAUCAAAUGCAAAAGUCACCUGAGUGGGCUUAGAGAAAAAUAAGAAUUAAAUGAUUAAAAUGCAUUUAUUUAAUACAGUUUCCUUUUAAAACUGAGCAUCCCUCCUGCAAACAUUUAAGUUGAUAUUCCAGUAUCAAGUGCCUUGCUCUUCUACCAUGUUUAAUGCAGUUUCCGUUUUAAAUGUUAUUUAUAAAUUAUUGCAUUGUUUUUCAUUUCCAGCCGUGGCAAAAAUGGCUUUGUUUGUGCAAAUGUAAAGAUUUUUUCUUGCAUCUUGAAAACUGAACUACUGCUCGAUGAGAUGUCUUUUUUUUUAAAUGAGGUUUUGUGGAUACUGGUGUAGAUAUUUGCCAUUUACAGGUUUCAGUGGUCAUCUACAGCUCACUUCUGCACAGUGGUUGGUUAAUUCUGGUCAGGGGGAGGAAUUAAGAAUGACCAGCUCUCCUCUACACACCGGAAUACCUGUUCCUGUUGGAAUUCCGAUUUUUUUUUUUCAUGUUUUAAAGACUGUCCUGCAUUUAUUUCACAUUUUAGAUUUAUGCUGUUUUGGAUCUGCAGCUAUGAAUGUUAAUGGCACCAUAAUAGAUGAUGCUUGUUUCUGUAUUUGCUAAUUGCUGUGUACUUUCACAUAGUAAAAAUGAGCUGCUGCCAUUGUCAUACAUUUUAUGAUAAAAGAUUAAACCACACAUUAACACUUUCCUUUUUCCACUGGGUUUACCACUACAUAGCUGUUGGUUAUAGCCUAUGCCUGUCCCUAUUUAGCCUGGAAUAACCUCUGAAUCCUGCACAAUUUUAAUGUUUUCCCAGCUUCAAUAGAACAGUUCAGCUUGGAAAACUAUAAUUUAAUGGGUCUAAUUUCCCCAAGCUUUGUUGUGUUGGGGUACUUUGAUAAUUCUGUUGGGCGUAACUUGUAUAAUAAACAUGUACAAUAAAUAAUGGGGGAAAAGUGUUUAUAUUAUAGUAUGUUAAUAUACACUUUCAAGCAUAACAUUAUGACCACCAUCUUGUUUCUAUACCCAUUAUCAAUUUUUCAGAUGCACUGAUCAUAUAGGAGCACAUAGUAGUUCUAUAAUUACAGACUGUAGUGCUGUAUCAGUUUUUCUGCAUACUUUAUUAUCAUUACACUGCAUUCUCAAAGUUCUUCAAUGGUCAUUGCUUGCUCGGUUAAUUAUUUUCAGCACUGCAGUGAUUAGCACUGAUUAGCGUGGUGGUGUUUGUUGUUCUGGUACAGUGAGUGGAUCAGAUACAGCAGUGCUGCUGGAGUUUUUAAUCACUAUGUUUAAUCUCUUACUGUCCUCCACUCGAUUACACACUCCUACCUCCUGGUUUACUAUUCUCAGUCCAGCAGUGACACUGAAAACUCAUGAUGGUCAUAAUGUCAUGCUUGAUUGUGUAUAUUACACACUUAAAUCUUCCGGGUCAAAAUUGAACCAAAACUGAGGCCAAACAUGUAUUUAAAUAUUUAUUUAUUUUUGUGUGAAUUGUCUCCAUAAGUAAACCACAGUAUGUUGGGUGCAUGUUUUAAUUGUGGUAAAUAUUUCAAUGCAGCAAACUUUGACUAUUAUUAGUAAAUAUUGAUCAUCACCUGUUUACUUUGUAUUGUUUAAUACAGGUCAGAUGGGAAUAUCACUGCAAUUCCUCUCUAACAGAAGUGGUUAUCUGUUGGAGAGAGUGGUUAAGUGUGAUGUUCCCGAUCUUUUUUCAACAAUGAUCUUUGUGCUAAAAGGCUUUUGGGAAAUCCAGCCCGACUAGUCGGAUCAGGUUUUUUGGGAGCUGGGAAAGUUACAGGGAGUUGUGAAGGAUAAGGGGUAUUCCAGGAUGCAUUGAUGGUAAUCACUGUUCUGUAUCAAUUGAAAUGAUCUACUGUGCAUUAUGAAUGCUUUUAUAGUGUAUUUUGUCUCUUUUUUUUUUACAUGCAAAUCUACUGUAAAAAUGCACAAAGCUCAGAGAUCUCUGGAUAUAUUUCCAAAAGCCCAAAAGUGUGGACAUUAAAUAUGCAAUAAACAUUUUAACCACUCCUA